AUGAGUGAAUUAUCUGAAUCUGAGAAACGUAGGAUCUUGAGGGAAAGAAGACAAAAGAAAUUUGCUCAAGGUGGAGCUACUUCCAGAUUGAACAAAAUUACAGGUCAGGCAGAAAGUCAUUUAAGUACAGAAUCACCAUUAGAUACACCAAAACAGAAGAUAACCUCCCCAGUAUUAGAAACUGUUGGAGCUCCUAGGGAAGCUUCAAUACCAACAACAAAUAAGGAUGCCAAUGCUGAUCCACAAGUAGAAUUACUUAAGAAACUAGCUGAUAUGCAGAACCAAGAUCAAUCUACACCUGACUUGUUCUCCUUGUUGGGGUCUUUAAAAGAGGGAAUGAAUGAUAAUUCAACAGGUGCCACACCUGUUCAACCAGUUAAUCUUGUGGACCAAGAAAUGUUAGCCUAUCAUGACUACCUAGUGAACAGGUUAAAGGCUUUCACCAUUCUGAUCAAAUGGUUAGUUCUAUUACCUUACAUUUACUUUUUGACCAAGAGUGCUUAUUCUUCAGCACCAAUCUCGUUCUUCACCACACCAUCCAAUUUCUUUAUGAUAUUCACAUCAUUUGAAAUAAUUGCAACGUCUAUCUACUAUCAAAAAUUACAAUCCAUUGAGAAGGCCAAUAAAGUGAACACGAUGCAUCAAAAUAGCAAGAUAGUUAAACUAGUGUCAUUAAUCCCGGAGGGAAUCGUACCAAUUCCAGAUUUGACGGGAAAAGUGGUCCUGGCACUGCAGUACUGGGAUGUUUUAUCCAUGUUCAUUACUGACAUUUGCUUUGUCAUUAUAGCCAUGGGCCUUUGUUCUUAUUUUGUCUGA